AUGGGGCGGCCGCCGUGCUGCGACAAGGCGAACGUGAAGAAGGGGCCGUGGACGGCGGAGGAGGACGCCAAGCUGCUCGCCUACACCUCCAACCAUGGCACCGGCAACUGGACCUCUGUUCCCCAGAGGGCAGGGCUGAAGCGGUGCGGGAAGAGCUGCAGGCUGAGGUACACCAACUACCUGAGGCCCAAUCUCAAGCACGAGAACUUCACGCAGGAGGAGGAGGAGCUCAUCGUCACCCUCCAUGCCAUGCUGGGAAGCAGGUGGUCUCUGAUCGCGAACCAGCUGCCGGGGCGGACGGACAACGACGUCAAGAACUACUGGAACACCAAGCUGAGCAAGAAGCUGCGGCAGCGGGGCAUCGACCCCAUCACCCACCGCCCCAUCGCCGACCUCAUGCAGAGCAUCGGCACCCUCGCCAUCCGCCCGCCACCGAGCGCCGCGGGUGCCUCCUCCUCCUCCUACCUCCCCGUGAACCCAGCGGCGGCGCCGGGGCUCCAGCCGCUGCACGACGACGUCAAAUACCACGCAGUCCUGAACCAGCAGCAGCAGCAGGUCAUCACGCUCCUCGACGCCGACGCGCCAGGGGCGGCGGCGUCCCCGGACCACCCGCUCAAGUGGAGCGACUUCCUCGCCGACGACGCCGCCGCCUUCGAGGCGGCGCCGCAGGUCGUUCUUGGUCAGUACCAGGAUGCCGCGGUCGCUGGUGGCGGAGCACACGCGUAUGGCGACACUGACAGUACUGCAGCCGAUGGUGUCGGCGUGGGCGGGGAGGAUAGCGCAGCGUCAGCGUUCAUCGACGCGAUGCUGGACAGCGACAAGAAGAUGGGCGUGGACCAGCUCAUCGCCGACCUGCUCGCCGACCCGGCAUACUACUACGGCGGGGGCUCUUCCUCUUCGACGUCGGAUCUGGGGUGGGGCUGUUGAUCAUUUAUUUAACUAGAGGUUACAUAUCUUACAUUGGGACGGCAUUUAAACAUAUUUAGGGCAUCACAUUUUCGUUUGAACUUGUUAUUGGUACUCCAUGA